AUGUUUUAUCUAGUAAAUAUCUAUAUCCGCUAUUUUCUAUCUCAUUUCAUUAAUAUUUAUCACAUUCCUCCCUUUCCUAUCUAUCUAUCUAUCUAUCUAUCUAUCUAUCUAUCUAUCUAUCUAAUUAUAUUAGUUUCUUAUCUAUCUAUCUAUCUAUCUAUCUAUCUAUCUAUCUAUCUAUCUAAUUAUAUUAGUUUCUUUCUUAUCUAUCUAUCUAUCUAUCUAUCUAUCUAUCUAUCUAUCUAUAUCUAUCUAUUGUCCUGUCUUCGGAAUCGACGAGCCAAAUUCAAAUUUCUGGUAGGCUUUCUGAAACGACGGGCCAAAUUCAAAUUUCUGGUAGGUCUUCGGAAUCGACGAGCCAAAUUCAAAUUUCUGGUAGGCUUUCUGAAACGACGGGCCAAAUUCAAAUUUCCGGAUGAUAAACGUUUCCUAUCUAUCUAUCUAUCUAUCUAUCUAUCUAUCUAUCUAUCACUGUGA